CAUUUUCCCAUUGUUCUGGCCACCAGUGGGAAUUGAAUUCAAGGAAAGAAAAGCUGAUGCGAUGCUCUCAAUGCCGUGUUGCCAAAUACUGCAGUGCCAAGUGUCAGAAGAAAGCUUGGCAGGACCACAAGCGAGAAUGCAAAUGUCUUAAGAGCUGCAAACCCAGGUAUCCUCCUGACUCCGUGAGACUUCUUGGCAGAGUUAUCUUCAAACUUAUGGAAGAGAAACCCUCAGAGUCAGAGAGGCUCUACACAUUUUAUGACCUGGAGUCAAAUAUUACUAAACUGACUGAAGAUAAGAAAGAGGGCCUCAGGCAACUCGCAAUGACAUUUCAACAUUUCAUGAGAGAAGAAAUACAGGAUGCUUCUCAACUGCCACCGUCUUUUGACGUUUUCGAAGCCUUCGCAAAAGUGAUCUGCAACUCGUUCACCAUCUGUAACGCAGAGAUGCAGGAGGUUGGCGUUGGCCUGUACCCCAGUGUGUCUUUGCUCAAUCACAGCUGUGACCCCAACUGUUCCAUUGUGUUCAAUGGCCCCCACCUCUUACUGCGCGCUGUCCGAGAAAUUGAGGCGGGAGACGAGCUCACCAUCUGCUACCUGGACAUGCUGAUGACCAGUGAUGAACGCCAGAAACAGCUGAAGGACCAGUACUGCUUUGAGUGCGACUGUCUGCGCUGCCAAACCCAAGACAAGGAUGCUGACAUGCUAACUGGUGAUGAGCGAGUAUGGAAGGAGGUUCAAGAGUCGCUGAAAACAAUCGAAGAGCUGAAGGCACGCUGGAAGUGGGAACAGGUCCUGGCCAUGUGCCAGACCAUCAUCAACAGCAACUCCGAGCGGCUCCCCGAUAUCAACAUCUACCAGCUGAAGGUGCUCGACUGUGCCAUGGAUGCCUGCAUCAACCUGGGCCUGCUGGAGGAGGCCCUGUUCUACGGCGUGCGCACCAUGGAGCCGUACCGGAUUUUCUUCCCGGGAAGCCAUCCCGUCAGAGGUGUGCAAGUCAUGAAAGUUGGCAAGCUGCAGCUACAUCAGGGCAUGUUUCCCCAGGCCAUGAAGAACCUGAGACUGGCUUUCGAUAUUAUGCGAGUGACGCAUGGAAGAGAACACAGCCUGAUUGAAGAUUUGAUUCUUCUCUUGGAAGAAUGUGAUGCCAACAUGAGAGCUUCCUAAGGAAAUCCGGAGGGGGCGCGACGCCCUUCCACUGAAUGCCUUCUCAAGGCCACACGCUCUGUGCUGGGCUGGGCUGUGCGGCUCUCCCUGUUGAAAUGCUGGUCUGUGUUUAUGUCGGUAAAUGAAGGCAGGCAUGGGUUUGUCAGCCAGAAGAAUCAUUAAUUGUAGAGAAGCACAGAUACAAUAAAAAAAAUUAGUUAAAAAUA